GUCUAUAGAUCUUUCAAGCCUCCAGCGGAAUAUUCCGUCAGGGCGUUUUUAGGGUUCUAGCGGGGGAGAGAGAGGAAGCCGCAAUGCCGAAGUCGAAACGCAACAAGCUAGUUACAUUGUCCAAGACGAAGAAGAAGGGCCGGGAGCACAAGGAAUCCAUUGUUACCGCCGUGAGGAAGGCCUCGGAGGAGUUUAGGGAGCUCUAUGUCUUCUCCUUCGAAAAUAUGCGCAAUGGGAAGUUCAAGGCUCUCCGGGACGAGCUCAAAUCCAGCACCAGAUUUUUCCUUGGAUCGAACAAGGUUCUGCAAAUAGCGAUUGGAAAGGGCCCUUCCGACGAGGUGAAGGAAGGGAUCCAUAAAGCCAGCGAGUUCCUUUGCGGGAACACGGGAAUGCUCUUCACGAAUUUGCCAAACGAAGAGGUGGCCAGGAUUUUCACAGACUUCGAGGAGCUGGAUUUCGCUCGAACUGGCAGCACGGCGACUGAAACGGUGGAACUCAACGAAGGCCCACUGGAGCAAUUCACGCACGAGAUGGAGCCAUUUCUGCGAAAGCAAGGAAUGCCUGUUCGUCUAAACAGAGGCGUUGUGGAGCUGGUCGGCGAUUACACCGUGUGUCGAGAAGGCGAAGCAAUCUCGCCAGAAGCAUCGCGGAUACUUAGGCUCUUGGGAGUGAAAAUGGCUCCCUUUAGAAUGAGCCUUUUGUGUCGCUGGAGUCCCAAUGGAUUUAAAGUUUUGAAAGCUCCCGAGAGCCAAAAGGCUUUGCAAUAAGAAAAACAAAUAUUUAAACUUGUGUGAA